GAGUGCAGGAGAGCUGUGCGUGAGAGCUCGCUCUGAAGCUGAAGGGAACCCUGCAGCCAGGUCGCAGAGGAAUGUGAAGCCGAUCACAGCGUGCAGUGGCUGCGCUUCUCUUCUCUGGCCGCGAGGAAGAGUAGCGUGAGGAAGAGCAGCAAGAGGAUGAGCGCCGUGGGGAAGAGUAGCGUGAGGAAGAGUGCCGUGAGGAUGAGCACCGUGAGGAAGAGUAGCGUGAGGAAGAGCAGCAAGAGGAUGAGCGCCAUGAGGAAAAGUGGAGUGAGGAAGAGUAGCAUGAGGAAGAGUGGAGUGAGGAAGAGCGGUGUGUGUUCGCGGGCAAGCGACCGCACCAUGCGCCCAUCUCUCUGUGCCACCCUGCUCCUGCUCGCCCUGUGCAGCUGCAGCCCGCUUCCGUCCGCGGCUCGGCCCGACCGCUCGGCGCCCCCCGGUGGCCCGGAGCCACAGCGCCGCGGCACCAGGGCCAAGGCCCCCGAGCCCAGCGUCCCGCCGGAGCUGGAGUUCCUGGCGGAGUUCGCGGGAAAACACCGGCUGUGGGUGAUCGCGGCGCCGUCGCACACCGAUAACUACCUGCGCAUGAUGGAGAAGCAGAUCCAGGACAUGGAGCCCGAGGGGCUGAGCUGCCGGCUGGCCGAGCGGGACACCCUCAUCGUCACCAUCGUCCAGAACGCCAUGAUGGAGGGCAAGAUCCGGCGCCCGUCCUUCCAGGGGGAGCCCCGGGAGGACACCAUCGACUCGGACAUGGUGACCAAGCUCCUGCACUACCUGGACCUGGAGGAGCCGGUGUUCUCCAUGCUCAUCCUGAAGAAGAACCUGCUGGUGGGCGAGCGCUUCCCGUACCCCGUCCGCGUGGCGGCCAUUUUGGAGGUGAUCGACCAGCUGCCCGCGCGCAAGCUGGAGAAGCUGACCCGGAAGGGCUCCACGGGGCGCUGCAAGGUCGUCAAAAAGCGGGUGUUGCCGCGGAAACGGGGGCCGGCCAAGAGGGUGGCCUUCGGGUCGCAGAGGCGGGGCAACUUCACCACCGUCCCGAAGCCUCGCCCGACCCUGGACAAGAAGGCCGUCCUGAGGAGCCAGGUGCAGAACAUUCUGAGCGGCCGCUCCAGGUUCGUCAUCCGCAAGGACUCGGCAGGGGGCAGGAGAACCCAGACCUUCGCCCCCGAGGGCACGGACUCCCGCAGGAAGCAGGACGCCGGGGAGGAAGUCACGGGAGACGGGGGCUCUGCGAGCCAAGGGGGCGGGCCCGCCAAGGAGGACCGACCGGCCGAGGGGGAGGGAGGUCCGGACGGAGUCAACUCCAGCGGGGUCAAAGGUGACUCCGGAGGAGAAAAGGGCAAAUCCAAGUCCAAAAAGAAAGGGAAAGGCAAAAAGAACGGGAGGAAGAAGGGAAAAGGAAAGAAGUCGCAGCGAGACGCGAACGACAGGGACAAAAAAGCGCUGAAGACCUUUCUGGAGAAACUGGAGGGGAAAAGGAGGCUUAUGGUGAUCUCCGCGCCAGGUGAAAACAGCCCCGCGUACCUGCAGCAGAAGGCCGAAAACCAACAGAACCACUGCGACCUCGCCCUGAGGAAGGUCUCCAUGGUAACCAUCCUGGGCCCAGAAAACAACAGCACACUCCACCUGUUCCACUACCUGCUGGAUGCAGAGCCUCCUUUCGAUGCGGGUCCAGAUAAACAGACCGACCCUGGCCUGAUUGGCCAGAUCCGGAAGGAAUACGGGAUUAUUCCCAAGGACUUCUCCUUAGUGCUGACUGACUAUGACCUGAGGUCAAAGAAGCUUUUCCAGUCACCCGUCUCCACCCCUCUGCUGAUGGACAACCUGGACUCCUUCCCGUCCAGAGAACCUGAGAUGAAAAGAGAGAAGAGCAAGCCUGCAGCCUGCCCCACACCUGGAGCACCAGGCGAGCCGGAGAACUCUUUACUCAGAUUCAUGUCUAAAAGGAGGCUUCUAAUCAUUUCCACCCCAUCUGAAGAUGACUACUCCUUCCAGCAGCAGCUGCAGGCCCUGAAUGGCCAAUCCUGUCACUUGGGAAUACGCCAUUUCGCCCUGCUGAAGCUGGUGGGCGCAGGGUCAAUGGCUUCAGGCUCAGUGGAACUGCUUCCCCUGAAUGGUAAGAGUCAGUCGGAGCUGGAGCCCCUCACCGGUGACAUGGUGAACGGUUUGCGGGGACACCUGAAGAUCACGCGGGAGUACUUCAGCAUGCUGGUGGUGGGGAAGGACGGCGAGGUGAAGGCCUGGUUUCCCUCGCCCAUGUGGUCCCUGGUCAACGUCUACGACCUGGUGGACUCCAUGGAGCAGCGUCAGCAGGAGCAGCGCCUGCAAGGCACCCUGGGAAUCCAGUGCCCCGAGGACAGCAACCGCAACGUCCACGGCUACGAGGACGAGGGCGAGGAGAGCUACCUGUACCGUAGGCCGGAGGACUGAGCGGGCAGCUGUGUGAACCCCACAGUGGGUGGAGCCAACGUGUGUCACUCACUGAUUUCAACCAAUCAUGGCAGUUAGUAAUGGACAGACCAAUCUGGUGGUUCCUUUAAACGCUCGCAGGUAGUUUUGAGCUCUCAGAAUUCAUUCCAGGCACCUGCCGCCCUCCAAGAGUGUGAUCCAAUCAGCGCAAAACCCCGCCCGUGUUCAAACUAUUCUAACCGCAGCGCUGUGAAGCCUUGUCACUAGCCUUCCCUGCUUGGAGGUACGCAGCCAAACUUAACCUCUCUUAGCUUAAGUAAAUUU